UAAGCAAAAUUUUAUAACAGAGGUUUCAUUGCUGUUUUGCUGUGCGGCAAGGCAACUGGUUUUUGCAGGCACACAAGACUUUGUGAACUGAACUUCAUUAUAAGAAAAACUUUCCUCUUCAUGUUAAAACCAGGCGGGCAAAAUUGUCGGCACGGCCAGUCAAUUCGCCCUUGUUAUUUGUAGAAAUUAUACCCAAACUUAGUUGUUCUUUCUUGACACUUCAAUACAGUUUAGUAAAGCUUGUUUGUAAACUAUCUUGUCAUUAUCUCCAUGAGAUUACAGCAGGGGUUUCAAUCAAAGCAGGCUUUUCUUCAAAGUUUACAAUGAACUGGUUGCAUUAGUGUGACAUUUAAUCUAAAAUUAGCUGAGGAGGCAUAUGGCAAUAUGCAAUUAACUUGCAUAUUGCAUACAAUAUUGCAACACUUGCAUAUAGUUUUUUCAUAUUCUUGUCUCUAAACUAAAACGCAAUUUAAAAAAAAGUCACAGCAUUUUUUAGAUUUUGUUUUUCUGUCGCCAAUUCUAUAGUUAGCUUAGAACGUGAGGAAGAAAACUUGUAUGUUACACACAAUAUUGCAGUGCUUAUUUUUAUCAUUAUUAAUGAUCCAUACCUGUUUAUAUUUAUUAUUUCUUACUUUCUUAGCAGCGAUCAACGACAUUACAGGAUUUGUGAAAAUUAUAUUUUGAGGUGGCUUGAUAUAGGCAUAGGGCUGUUGUGAUACCUUGUUGUCUUUUUUAACAUCGUAAGCAAAACAGAAAUCAAGCCUUUCUUUGGCACAGCUCAAUGUUUAAGAAUUCAAAAACUUUGCUUCCAUUAGACUUACUGUUAUUUUUGUGGUAAAAAAAAACAGCAGUAAUAAAAACAAAGCUUUCUUUACUCCAGACAGAAGAUAAAUUAAGGAUUUUCUGGGUAUUAAGAUAAGUCUAUCUUUCUGGUCGGCACCUUGGUAUUGUCAUUAGUUCUGUUAAUUCCACAUGCUAUUGUCUUGUUUAAUGUCUAGAAAUCUUGUUUCUGUACUCAGGAAUGUCUGUAAAUUCAAACGUUCAAAGCUAAUAAUAGUCAGCUAAAGAUCUUAUCAUAAGUUAAAAACGUACUUUUAGUUAAUUUAAUUUAGAGUUUUCUUUAUUAUCCAUUUGAGCUAAAAUUGCUUACUCUUCAAGUGGUAACAUUACAACAAACUCCAUAAAAUUGAACUAACGACAGGCUUCAUGAUCAGUGUAAAUCUUGAUUCAAAAUAAUUUUGUUGAUUUUCUUUGUUUGAUUUCCCACAGUGAUCAAUAUUUAUCAACAAGUCUCUUUGUUCCCAAUCUCUCUUACUGUGUGCAUAUGACUCUAAGAGAUGAUGUUUUCAAGUUGAUGAUUCUCCUUAUUCUCAUCACCUGCCUGCAUGACAAUAAUUUAAGGGGAAAUUACAUUUUGAUCAUUCCUGGGUUACAGGUCAAGGACAACAGGAAAGGUGUUACCUAACAAAGCCAUAAGGGCUUCCACAUUGAUAAACCUAUUACUUUGUUCUACUAGACAGUAUUGCUGUUCAAUAUGUGAAGGGUGUUACAGUAGUUUUUCUUUCCAUCUAAGUUUUUCUAUAUAAUAUUAUGUUAUUGAAGUCAGUUCUAAAAAUAAAUUUAUGUUAAAGAAGUAUUUUGGUUUGCAUGUCAAGUGUGAGUUUAAUUUUAUGUGUGCAGUGGAGCAUGAGAUUUCUAUUCAGUGUUAAAGAAAGGACCGUGGUUUUGAUUGCAUGAUGUUUUGACAUAAGCUGCUUAUUAGUAUGCAUAGUUAGAGCUAAUUAUUGAAGCUCAAAGUCUCACAUUACGGCAGGUUCCGCGUGUUCAUCUUGUGAAUUUGUGGCAAAUUUGUUCUGAUCAUCAAUUGGGAAAUGUUGAAUCGAAAACAGAUCCUAACCCUCACAUUUUGAAAGUGUGGCUUUUAACACAAAAAUGAAGAACUUAUUGAGAGCAUGUACAGGUUUCAGUGGGAGCAAGACAACAGCAGAAACUUCGCAUGUUGAUGGAGUUGUGGAAAAUGGUUUUGUUGAUUCUGGUGAUUACCAAUGUGAGGACAUCACAUUAGAACGGGGCACAACAGGCCUUGGUUUUAGUAUUGGUGGUGGAAAAGAUAACCCUCACAUUGAUAAUGACUUUGGAAUUUACAUCACAAGGAUUAUCAAAGGAGGUGCCGCUGCAGAGGAUGGCAGGCUGGUUGUUGGAGACUGUAUUGUGGCUGUGAAUGGUGUAUCAACAGUGAAUGUGUCUCAUCAGCAGGCAGUGGAAGCAUUGAAGGCUGCUGGUGGUGUUGUCACUUUGACAUUAAAGAGAGAGAAAGCUAAACCAGUUACUGGAAAACAGCAGACAGAAGAAAUAGUAUUAACUAAAGGAACCAAGGGUCUUGGUUUCAGUAUUGCAGGGGGAAAGGGAAAUCAGCAUGUGCCCGAUGAUGACGGCAUUUAUAUUACCAAGAUAAUUGAUGGUGGCGCAGCUCAAAUGGAUGGCAGACUGCAAGUUGGAGACAAGAUUGUCAGGGUUAAUGACACGUCGCUGGAGGAUGUUACACAUGAAGAUGCUGUUGCCACUCUGAAGAAGACACAGAAUAAAGUUGUGAUCGUUGUAGCCAGAGUGGGUAUGAUGAAUGCUGAAUCAGUGACACCUCCCCCACAAUAUCAAGAGGUUGUCAAUUCUAGUCCACCUCCCCCACCAUCUCCUCCCAGGGACGAGAAACCAACACAGCCCUCACCACCCGUGCAAGAAGAAUUCACACCAAGUGAACAAACAAAUAGUUUGCCGAGAAAACCACAAGCGCCUGCAGUGCCAGAGGAUGAUGGUUUUACCAGGGAACCUAGGAAGGUGGUCUUGAACAAGGGACCCACAGGCCUCGGGUUCAACAUUGUUGGAGGCGAAGACGGUGAAGGGAUUUUUAUCUCGUUCAUUUUGGCUGGAGGCGUGGCUGAUUUGAGCGGAGAACUUAGAAGAGGAGAUCAGAUUCUAUCGGUGAAUGAUGCGGAUUUGGAAAACGCGACACACGAGAAAGCAGCAGCUGCCUUGAAAGGCGCCGGUAACACGGUGGCGAUUUUAGCGCAGUAUAAACCAGAAGAAUACAACCAGUUUGAAGCGAAAAUUCACGAUAUUCGUGAAAAGAUGAUGAACAGUGGCAGUCCGGGAACUCUUCGUACUUCUGUUAAGCGACAGCUUUAUGUUAGGGCCCUGUUUGACUACGACAAAACGAAGGACAGCGGUCUCCCCAGCCAGGGUCUCAGUUUCAAAUAUGGCGAUAUUCUUCACGUGACCAAUGCCAGUGAUGACGAGUGGUGGCAGGCGAGACGACUGAAUGCUAUGGGGGAGGAAGAGGGGAGAGGUGUCAUCCCCAGUAAGAGAAGAGUCGAGAGAAGAGAAAAGUCAAGAAUGAAGACAGUUAAAUUUUCAAGAAACAGCGAGGAAAACAAGACCAAGACUUCAUUCAAUGAAGGCUCGGGAGCCGGCCGCAAGCGCAGUUUCAAGUUUUCCAAGAAGCUGCCAUUCUUUAAGAAAGAAUCCGAAAAUGAGACGACCAGCGACGUAGAACCAAGCUACACAUCAAACGCCAGCGACAGUGAAAGCAGCUACAGCGCACGCGCUGAGGAGAACAUUCUGUCGUACGAGGCUGUGGUGCAACACGAGUUACAGUACACCAGACCUGUAAUUGUACUGGGGCCGCUUAAGGACAGGAUUAAUGAUGACCUCAUCUCUGAAUUCCCGGAUAAAUUUGGCAGUUGUGUACCCCAUACGACACGUGAGAGGAGAGACUACGAGGUGGAUGGACGUGACUACCAUUUCGUGACAUCACGCGAGGAGAUGGAGCGAUCAAUUCAGAACCACAUGUUUAUCGAAGCGGGUCAAUAUAACGAUAAUCUUUAUGGAACCAGUGUGCAAUCAGUAAAAGAAGUCGCCGAAAAGGUAGUAGCAUCUUCUAGUUGUUCGUUUGUGUGUAAAAUAUUAGCAGUGCUUCAUGUCGCUUUGUUUGUGACGUGAGCAGUAGUAAAGGUGAAAGAAAGACUACCGCGAGAAAACUGAGGUGUGUUUUACCUUAGAAAAAAGCGCAAGGUGUUUUUUCUGUCGCCUUCCUCUUUAAUUUUUUAAUUUCUUAUUUUUUUUUAUUUUUUUCUUCUCCAAUGCGUUCGCCGUUUUUCUACC